AUGGCAGCUGAAGCAAGAAAAGCUUUAGAGGCCUUAAUGGGUGCAGAAGCCAUGGGAGGUGUACCAGAUCAUAUGAAAUAUGACGAUGAAAAAAAAAUGGAUCUUGGAGCGUGUCCAAAAAUUCAUUCCGAAAGACUAAAAUCAGAGUAUGAAGAAGGCAAAAAAAGAAAAGAAAAUGAUUUCGACUCAGAAUUUGAACGAAAUUUAGCAAAUUUUGUAGCAGAUUGUGAUCGAAAAAUCGCGUGUGCUCAAAAACGUUUAGAUAAAACACCAGAAGAUAGUGCAAAGGUCACUCAAUUGACACGAGAUAUUGAAAAUUUGGCAACAGAGAUAUCUGAAUUGACCAAAGAAGUAGAAGUUCUUGGUGAAGAAGGAAAAGUUACUGAAUCGAUGAAAUUACUUCAAGAUGUUGAAGCAAAGAAAACAGCAAAGAUUGAGAAAGAGAAAGAACUUAAAAACCAAUCAGAAGGUGGUGGUCCAUCUCAACAACAAAAAUUGCGCGUGUGUGAAGUGUGUAGUGCAUAUUUGUCGAUAUUUGAUUCAGAUCGACGCCUGGCUGAUCAUUUUGGUGGAAAGAUGCAUCUUGGUUAUUUGAAAAUUCGUGAUUUACUGAAAGAACUUAAAGAAAAAAAUAAGGAUCAUCGUGGAAAUUACGAACGUGAUAGGCAUCGAGAUCGCAGUAGCAGAUUUGAGCAUGAUCGGCGAACAUCGUAUGAUCGACGUUCUAGAUCAAGAUCACCGGAAAGACGAAGCAGCUACGGUAGACGACGUUCACGAAGCCCUGUUAGAAGACGGCGUUGA